AUGGUGAACUUCAAAGCCGAGAGUGAAGCGCAUUCGGAUGAUGUGAUGUAUAUGUUCGCUUUUAUUUGUGCAAUCGUCCGAGGAAUAAUACUAAGGUUAAACGUCCUCAAGCUGGGCAAUCUUCUUCACACCAUGGAAAACAUUGACGUUCCACGGGUAAAACAGAAAUUAAAAGUGAACGCGGAAAUUGCAAAGACUCAAAAGAUACUAAACCGAAUUGUGGCGCUGUCGUUUUCACUUCCAACUGUAGCUGUACUAUUAACAACUAUACUAUGGUGCGCUAAAAAGGAACAUUCGAAUCAUUUACCAUUUGCUAAGCAUCCUCAAUGGGCGUUAAACUUUACCUACAUUGGGUCUCUAACUUUCCAAGUUGUGUCAUUUGAACUUACAGGUACUGAAAAUGUUAAUGUUGACUGUCUACUUGUUUGCAUGUGGAGUCUUCUCAUAACGCACUGUCGCAAUGUUCCGCAAUAUUUUUAUAAUCUUACGGGGAACAGUAUUGAAGAUUUUUCUGAUGUUGAACAUUUGGAUGCGAAUUCUGUGCAAUACACAGACGUUCCUUUGGAGUACUUCCUCAGGAAUCUAAAAGAAGCGAUCGAGUAUCACGUAAAAAUUAUGGAAGUUGUUAAGGAAAUUGAGGACAUUUUCCACAACGUCCUUCUACUUAGUUUCACAAUGAACAGCAUAGUGACUUGCUUCUUAAUCUUUCGUAUUACUAAUGUGCCACUAUUCAGCCUCACCUUUUGGAAUAUGUUGCUGUACCUCAGUGCAACUUUAGAUUUAUUUUUCUUGCAAUGUUGUCUGCUCCAGAAGUUAAUCGAUGAAUCUUGCAAAAUAUCGGACGCCUGUUUUAAAGCGUAUUGUCCUGGCAUUGAUAUUCGUAUACAAAAAGCGCUGAUGAUUGUUAUGAGCCAAUCUCAAAAUCGGCCUGUUCGUGUAACAAUUGGAAAAUUUGUCGCAAUUUCUCAUGCUACAAUUAUUACUAUUAUAAGAGUAAUUUACUCGUUUUUGAUGUUGCUACUUCGUCUGAAAGCACAGCAGCAACAUUCAAUGAAGUCUUAA